CGAAAAUAUUAUUGAAAAAACAUACCCAAUCUUUCAACCAGGCUCAUAUGCUUUCGAAAAAACCAAUGAUAUAUCAAAAAGAAAAAGCAGGUACAAACACAUUAAAAUCAAAGAAGAUCAUAACACUUUUGUAAUAGACACUACAGGCAGGAAAAUACAUAAGGUCAAUCUACGGAAAUCUAAUUAAUUCUUCAAUCCUUUCAUUCCAGACUCGCCUUCUGCGUGUCGGCCAUACACUCCAGUAUUCACGUACAUGACCUCACAAAUAAUCCACUAGCUAUCAUACCAUUAGGGAAAGCUAGGAUAAAAACAGGCUACGUAAGGAUAGUACAUCCCAUAGAUUUGAUUCAAAUAGGAAACACCAUAUCCAACGUGAAUGAUGAAAUACAAUCAAACCCUUCAGUUAAUCCUUUAUACGAAUUGAUGCAAAUUAAGAAUUAUAAAUUGUACGAAACCUUUCUCAAAUUGAAACCUUUUAUAAAAAGACAAAAAAGAUGGGAUACUAUAGGCACUGUAUGGAAGUGGGUAGCAGGCAACCCUGAUGCAGACGACCUUCGUAUCAUCAACGCUACACUUAACUCCCUCAUCACCCAAAACAACAAGCAAGUAAUGAUAAACCAAGCUAUAAGCAAUAGAAUACAAGAAGUAACCGAUUUGGCUAAUCAAAUGCUGUUAAUGGAAAAACAAAAAGCUAAAAAUCAUUCGAUUGAAAUUAAUCAUUUAAUGAUACUGUCCAACUUAGACUCACUUCAGGACCAGAUAGAAACACUUGAGGAAGCAAUUCUAAUGGCAAAACAUGGUAUACCGAGUAGCAAGCUGUUAUCAAUGCGCGACUUCAAUACGAUCGCAACCUUCCUGGGAGACCACGACAUAUUCGUCACAUCAUUUGAGGAACUAUUAUCACAAUCAACGGCACAGGAUGCACUCUACGAAUCAACGGAGAAUUCUUCUCUAACUUUGAAACUAUUCUACCUGGACGACCGUAUCACCCUACAACCGGCCUAAUAGUUACCGAGCUCGAUACCCUGGACUCACCACCUGUUGAAUAUCUACAGAACCUGACAUUAGAACAUCGAGACGAAUUGGAAAUAUUGAAACUUCAAAGUAACUCUCUCACCUGGAAGCUACACCUGUUUGGAUCCAUUGGAGGAUUCACGGUAGUAUCAAUAAUUGCCACAAUUGGAGUUUUCCUAUAUCUUUCUAGAAAAACAAUCAUCAACGCCAAAUUCAGCAUUCCAAGUAUUAACAAAGACGACAUCAUUCUCACGGAAACUGUUUCCGUCAGCGAAAACGAAAUCCAAUCUUUUAUCGACAUGCCAUCACCCUUUCGAACCAUUAAACUUUGAGGACAAAGUCAUUUAAGAGGGGAGGAGUUAAGUCACCAACCAUCUGGCCAGCAACGGACCACCCGCGAAGCGAUAAUUCAUUAUCAACAAACUCCAGACAUCGGACCACUCAGCCACAUCACAUCAUAAACAAUCUCACGACCCAAGAUCCAAAUAAACAAACAUUUCCAUUAUUUGCCAUAAUGCAGUAUUUAGCGAUAAGACUAGAAUCAGGGCACAGCGAGAUUAUAUAUAGCAGUAUCCUAAAAUUCUAUGUUCAGUUAUUAAG